AUGACGCACUGCUUCAAGUUUCUCAGCUUGUUCCUUGUUGCUGUGGCUCUUUUAGGAGGAGGAGCUUCGGUUCGCGCCCAAGACGGCAGUGAGAAGUGCGGUUCAUGCGCUACACCCAGCCCCCCGCCGCCGUCUCCUCCGCCGCCAUCACCGUGUCCACCUCCACCGGCGCUUCCACCACCAACACCGGUUCUUCCCCCUCCUUCCCCCAAGAAUCCUCCACCGUCCACUUCGUACUGCCCUCCUCCGCCGUCGUCGUUGAUUUACAUCACCGGUCCUCCCGGGCAGCUGUACCCUGUUGAUCAGGACUUUAAUGGUGCUCAUGGAGUGACGAGCUCGGUCGGCUUACCAAUUCUGCUCGGACUCGGAUUGCUGGUGUUCUGGCGUUUUGGUGAGCAGGCCGGACUUGAUUAA